AUGGACGGGGCUGCCAGCAUCAUCGCCGUCGUCUCGCUCACCCUGCAACUCGUGCAAACCGUCAACACCGUCAAGACCUUCGUUCGCGACGUUAAAGGCGCUUCAAAGGAGCUAGAACGACUCAUUACACUGCUAGAACUUCUCGGCGCGCUUCUGCAGGAUGUUCGCGAUGUCAUGGAGCGACAGACUUCGUUACGAGACUUUCCACUGCCGUCGAAUACUAUUUUCGUUUGCUUGAAGAGCUGCGAGAAGAGCCUGGGCUUGCUUGAAGAUGAGGUUACGAAACAUAGAAAGGUGCAAGGCAGUAAUCCGUCAGCAAUGAAGAGAUGGAAAGAUGAUGUGAAGCUCGCGUUCAGGGCGAAAGACAUUGUGGCUUUUGAGGCACGCAUUCAACGCGAUAUUAAUGAUCUACAUACAUCUCUCGGAACGAACACGACGAAAAUACUGUAA